AUGGUUGUGGCUCUGAUUUCUCUACUUAUCUUCUCCUUAUUCAUCACAUCAAGUGGAGAAAUCUCAGAACAACCUGGAGUAAACUAUGGACAACUAGGUAACAAUCUUCCAACACCAACAACUUCAGUGUCUCUAAUCCAAAACCUCAAAGCCAAACGUGUCAAAAUCUAUGACACAAAUCCAGAAAUCCUUAAAGCCCUCGAAAACACUGGACUCCAAGUUUCAAUCAUGUUACCAAAUCAACUCAUUACCAACAUAUCCUUAAACCAAACAUUCUCAAACCAAUGGAUCCAAUCAAACCUCGUACCAUUUUACCCAAAAACACUCAUUCGUUAUCUUCUCGUCGGUAACGAACUCAUUUCCUCAACAACAAACGAAACAUGGCCUCACAUUGUACCUGCGAUGCACCGAAUCAAACACUCCUUAUCUAUCUUUGGUUUGCUUAAAAUCAAAGUUGGAACCACUUCAGCAAUGGAUGUUUUACAAGCAUCAUUUCCACCUUCAAAUGGAACUUUUAGAAAUGACAUUGCGUUUAGUGUUAUUAAACCCAUGUUGGAGUUCUUACAUGUUACCAACUCUUAUUUCUUCUUGGAUGUUUAUCCGUUUUUUGCUUGGACUUCAGAUCCUAUUAAUAUUAACUUGAAUUAUGCUCUUUUUGAAUCGGAUAAUAUCACGGUUACGGAUCCGAAUACAGGUUUGGUUUAUACUAAUUUAUUUGAUCAAAUGGUGGAUGCGGUUUAUUAUGCAAUGGAGCGAUUAGGGUUUCCGGGUAUUCGGAUCUUUAUUGCUGAAACGGGUUGGCCUAAUGGUGGUGACUUGGACCAAAUUGGUGCGAAUAUUCACAAUGCUGCAACAUAUAAUAGAAACUUUGUGAAGAAAGUUACGAAAAAACCUCAUAUAGGGACACCGGCUCGACCUGGUUCAGUUCUACCAUCAUUUAUUUUUGCUUUGUUUAAUGAAAACUUGAAACCGGGUUUGGGGACAGAGCGUCACUUUGGGUUAUUAUAUCCGAACGGGUCAAAUAUUUAUGAGAUUGACCUUUCUGGCAAGACUCUAGAGUCGGAGUUUAAGACAUUGCCCCCAGCGAAUGAUUAUAAAGGAAAGGUAUGGUGCGUGGUGGUGGAGGGAGCGAAUGAGACGGCCGUUGUGGAGGCAUUGUCAUACGCUUGCUCACAAGGAAACCAAACAUGUGAUUCGGUUCAACCCGGGAAACCGUGUUUUGAACCCAAUUCAGUGGUGGAUCAUGCUAGUUAUGCGUUUAGUUCUUAUUGGGCUCAGUUUAGACAUGUGGGUGGAACUUGUAAUUUCAAUGGUCUUGCCAUCCAAAUUGCAAAGGAUCCAAGUUAUGGAGCUUGCAAGUACCAAAGUGUGACUCUUUGA